AUGCGGAUGAAACGCCCCAAUCUAUUCUCGAUGCUCUUCGGUUUUCUCCUCGGCCUCAGCUUUCACUUUUUCACCACCUACUACCUGGAGACCACGAAUCAUUCGAACAAUCUCAAUUAUUUGCACAACGCCAAGAAGGAAUUGUCAAGUCAAGAAAAACUCGGUGUAAAAAUGGAAAAACCUACUCAAAGUCUACAGAAGAAAAUCGAACAAUCCUUCCAUACAAAUGCUGCUCAAAGGGCCACAAUUCGAUCGGCAAUCUCGAGGCUUGAAGAGAGAGAAUUGAAGAAUGCCAUUGAAAUAUUCGAUGUUCUCUGUUCAAAUGAAAAGACUUGUCACCUACAGCCACCAUUCGUUUAUUUACCAUCGCAAUAUAAGAUCGCCAAGAAAUAUGGUCUAACUGCGUGCUCGAUAUUCAAGAACAUGUCGACCAUUCUGAUGGCCAUCAUGUGCUAUUUGCACGAACCACAGCGCAUUCUCAACUCGAAAUGGUCUUUUUAUGAGCAAUGGGACACGAGGAGAGCAUGUCUGGGGUACAACGAACUCGACACCUGGCCCCAGGUCGCAUGGAAAUUGGGGCGCAAAAUGGAGGACAUCACGAAAUUUGCGCUCAUCCGCGAGCCGAUGGAGAAAUUCAUGUCAGCUUACACGAAUCAGUGUCUAACCGUUAACAAGUGCGGUGGAUGUCAGAAUUUGACGUGCAUCUUCGAAAUGUUGGAGCAAAAUUCCGAGGACUAUCGCUUGAGGGGACUUUUCGGGGUGUCUGGACAGCCGAGAUCGCAUGUGAAUGCUCACUUUUUACCUCAGAAUUGGCGAUGUGAGUUCGGGACAAUGAUCGACGACUAUGUGCUCAUCAACUACAACAGCAGCGAUUCAGCGGUUCUCAUUCGGGAUCUCGAGCAACUUUUUGAUGACGUUGGGGUUAACAGAGAGAGCAUUCGAUUCAUCAGUAAUAAGCUGAGCUCGGGCCGAACCUGUCAUUCGACUAUCGGAAAGAAAGAACUCGUGAGUGAAAGGGAAAAAUUGGAGGGUGAUCCCCGAUUGAUGAGACGUUACCUGAAUUUCUUCUUUUUCGACUAUCUCACCCUCGGCUAUCCGUUGCCUGAAGUGAAAAAAAUCAAAGUGAAUGAGGAA